AUGUCCGCACGAGUCGGCUCCACAUCAGAUAACGCACUCGGAGGCUGGUAUAGCUAUAGAGCUUCGAAAGCCGCUGUUAAUUCACUAACGAAGACGUUUGACAAUUUCCUCAAAAUGAGACAUGGGGAUAAUGCAUUGGCUAUUUCCUAUCACCCCGGGACGGUAAAGACGGGCUUGUCCAAGGAUUUUUGGGGUGGUGUUAAGGAGGGGAAGUUGUUUAGUCCGGAGUUUGCGGUGGAGAAGAUGUGGGCUGUUGCAACGACCAAAGGAAUCGAGAGUAGGGGGAGAUGUUGGGAUUGGCGAGGGGUGGAGAUUUUGCCUUAG